GAAUUUUCACUAACAUAUACGACUGGAUAGUGGGAUCUAAGUCUUCUUGGUUCUCAACUGGGACCUGGUUUCAAGAUACGCCAAAACCAAAAAAACCUACUCCGAUUGUCCCUACAUCUACAACAAUAUCGCCUUCCACAGGGACUACGAGCAGUUGGUUUCAUUCCUUUAUACAAUCAGAGGACAGUGAUGCUUCCUUCACCGCUACCGACACCACUACAAGUAAAAAGUCAUCAAAGAAAUCGCUUAAGAAAAAUUAUAAAGGCUACCAACUACUCAGAACUUACCCAGAUAUUAAGUGGAAGGUCCAGGAGUUAGUAGAUUUGCAAGAAGAAGCACAGGGUUCCGGGCUGAUGUGGUGGACCCCACCGUCGCUGAACGGAACUACGGAUUUAUUGGUACCACCAGAUUUACUGGUGGAUGUCAAAGAUCACUUGAAAUCAUCUAAAAUUGUGUUUGAUGUUGUAAUUUGGGAUCUACAGAAAGCUAUUACAUAUGAAAAUCCUCGCUUAUCAAAGAAACAAAGAAUAGAGUUGGAAAAAAUACGAGGCCAUCCGAUGACUUGGCGACGCUAUCAUCGUUAUGCUGACAUUCUUCGAUAUUUGGAUUAUCUACAACAUUCGUAUCCUGAUUUAGUAGAAUUGGUGCGACUUGGACUAUCUUCAGAGGGCCUACCGUUAGUCGCCGUAAAGAUUUCUUUACCGGCAAACGAAACCUUUACCAAAGAUUUAAAUGUCAAAGUACACAAGAAGAAAUGGAAAUUACGGUCAAAAAUGAAGCCCGCAAUAUGGCUCGACGGUGGAGCGCAUGCACGCGAGUGGAUCGCGCCUGCUGUUGCGACGUGGAUGAUUCACAUGCUUGUGGAAGGCGAAAAAGGCUUAGAUGCGGAAUUAGAAGUGCUAAAGCAGGCUGAUUUCUACAUAAUGCCAGUGCUAAACCCCGACGGUUACGAGCACUCGCACACGCAUGAUCGGCUCUGGAGGAAAACUCGCUCUCGCCCACCAGACCAGACUGAUGACUACUACUUUGUGGGAUGGUUUCCAUGGAACUGGGGUCAGACUGAGUGUGUUGGGGUGGACGCGGAUCGCAACUGGGACUAUCAUUGGGGCGAAGAAGAUUCAUCCCGCGAUCCUUGUUCCGACAACUUCGCAGGACCACAUCCCUUCAGCGAACCGGAGACACGAGCGGUGUCCGAAUUCCUCACAGAACACAGAGGACAAAUUAAGGUUUUUAUAUCACUCCAUGCUUACUCCCAAGCGUGGUUAGUACCUAGUACUCAUGCAUACACGCCUUACGGGGAUGACGGUGUAUUGAUGGAAAUGGGAAAGCUCGCUACUACUGCGCUAGGGGACAUGUUUGGUACAAAAUAUCGGGUUGGAACAGCAGAAGAACUUAGCCAGCCAGCGGGAGGGAUGUCCCAUGACUGGGCAAAAGCACGAGCCGGAAUCAAGUUUUCCUAUCACGUUGACCUCCGUGAUUCAUUUGGACCAUACGGCUUUCUAUUACCUGGCUCGCAAAUUGUGUCGACAGCCCGAGAAACAUGGCAAGCUGUUAAGGCAAUAGUAGAUAAUGUUGCACCUGAUUAAGUUUGAUUUUUCUUGUGCGGGUAAGAAAAGACUGAAAAGGUGUGAAAUUUCUCCAACAUUUGAGAACAAUGAACAAGAUUUAUUUGUAUAGUCAAGCGUUCAAUAGAGACUAACAUGGCUUGUCAGUUUGAAACAACUUACAGUCUACAGUGAAUUAACGAUUUGCACUCGUAGUUUGACUACUAUUUGCCUAAUAUGCCUUAUAUCUAUUAGCCGUAGGGUCAUUAAGGUUGAUAUUUCCUAUUAUGUAAUGUGCAACGUGAAUCGUUUAACAUAAUUAAAGGCUAGCAUUAUCGAAUCGAUAAACAUUACGAUUCCUAAACAAUUCCUAUUUAAAUAAAAUAUUUACUAUUGUUAGUUACACUACCUAUGAUCUAAUAUGACAUUCGAAGGCAAAGUACAAGUACUUAGUACUUACUUACUUACCUAUUCUUUACUUUCAUAACAGUCCUAUUAUAAGUAAAUUCCUUUUUUUUAGCGUUAUAUGUUUUAGUUGUGAUAAUAGAUUAUGCCA